CAUUAAAGUUUGUUAAUUUGUAACUUCAUUUAUUUAAUAAAAGUAUACACGUAAUCAAAUCCGAAAAAACUACAUUGUAUCAACAGUCAUGCAUUGCGUAACAUUUUCAGUUUCUUCGUCGUUUGGUAUUUUACUAUCAUUCCCUUUAAACAGGGAGAACUUCGUCUGAAUGGUGGGGUCCGGUCGUCUGUUCAGCAUUCAGGAUUUAAAACAAACACUUUCCGUUGCAGAAAUAUUUGUUCCCUUUAGGUUCCUGGUUGAAUACACACGCUCGGCUGACAGCGUGGUGACUCCAUAUGUUUGGAUGUUGUUUAUUAAGCUGGGUUGACUCAUUCUCUCCCCCCCUCUGUUCCUGCCGGGUUGGUAGCGCCCUUCCCAUCUGUUCGGCUCCGGUGAGACUGAUUGAAACAGAUCGUAGCGCCCUGCUGGUCGCAAUGGCAACCGCUCCAACAGGAAGGGAGCGACAACUUUCUUCUUGUUUCUAAUGUUCCAGAGGAGUUCCGAAUCACUGGAGAAACUACUUUCCUAUGUGAGGAAGGAGUGUUAUACACUUUGACCAGUCCCAAAAUGUCCCAGGGAUGUACCGUUUCUGUGGAAGAGGUCCAGUCCUGGUGGGAAGUCCCCGCCAUAGCCCACUUCUGCUCGCUGUUCAGGACGGCGUUUCGACUUCCAGACUUUGAAAUAGAGGAGCUCGAGAAAGCUCUGUCAGAACAGGACUUGGACUUCCUCAGCGACCUCGUUGCCUGCUUGUUGCAGGGAUGCUACCAGCGCACUGAUAUCACCCCGCAGACAUUUAGCAGUUACCUCGAUGACAUUAUCAGCUACCGGUGGGAGCUGGAAGAGGGGAAGCCCAACCCGCUCUGCGCCGGGCCGUUCCACAGUCUCCCACCUCGCACCCAGGUGGAGCUGCUGCACAGACUCUGUGACUACCGCCUGGAUGCUGCUGAUGUGUUUGAUCUCCUGAAGGGGCUGGAUGCAGAUAGCCUGAGGGUGGAACCCCUGGGGCAAGAUGGAGAUGGUUCCCUCUACUGGUACUUUUAUGGCACUCGCAUGUACAAAGAAGAGCCACUUAACAGGAAAACUGAGAGACUCUGUGAAGUUGACCUAACAUUACCAGAGAAGAAGAGAAGGGGAAGACCACCAAAGAAACGAAAGCUAGAUGACAAUAAUAUAAGUGAAGAGGACAGUGAAGAAACAGAAGUGAAGACAGAAAAAGGGCUGGACGAUGUUCCUCCAAGCACAGCUCGUAGGCGAGGUACUUGGUCCCUGGUGUGUGAUACAGAGGAACAGUGGAUCAAGCUGGCCGAAAGCAUCAAGGACAAAACCUCCCCACAGGACCGCCACCUUUACCGCGUCAUCAGCCACAACUUCCUGCCUGAGAUCAGCAGCAUGAUCGAGCACAAGGAGCGAGAGCAGAAACAGAAGUUACUGGAUCCAGCCCCAGUCCGGACAUCACAGUGGUUCUCUGAAAAUCCCAUUAAGCAUGAAAAAGAGGACAAUCAGAAGGCCAGAUCGGAGGAGGAGAGGAGGAAAGAUGAAGAACUGGACAGGCAGGUUCUGCUGGCUGAGCAGCGUCGGGAAGAGGAGCGGCUCCUGCAGGAAGAACAACAGAGGGAGAAGUUAGAGAAGAUCAAAGCUGUGGAGGAGCGAGCAAAGAGGCGGAAGAUGCGCGAGGAGAAGGCCCGGUUGCUGUCUCAAGGAAAAGACCUUCCUCCUGAGCUUCUGAAUCUGGAGCCACCUUCUCCCGUCAGAAGAACACGAAAGAACAAAGAAUUUUAUGAUAUUGACGAUGACUACACCGCUCUUUAUAAAGUUCUUGAAGCCCUGAAAGCUCAUAAAGACGCCUGGCCUUUCUUAGAGCCUGUUGAUGACUCCUACGCUCCGAAUUACCAUGAAAUCAUCCAGACUCCCAUGGACUUGUCCACCAUAGAAAAGAAGCUCAGUGACGGAGAGUACGUUGCCAAGGAGGAGUUUGUUGCUGAUGUGAAGCUCAUGUUUGAGAACUGUGUUGAAUACAAUGGAGAAGACAGUGAAUACACCAUCAUGGCAGAGUCUCUGGAACGUUGUUUUAACCGCGCCCUGCUGAAACACUUCCCAUCAGAGGAUGGAGACACAGACGAGGAGUUCCACAUCAGCCGGGAAGACAAAGAGCGUAAGGACAAAAAACGGAAUCGUAACAGUAAACAUUUAGGACCCGAAAGUUUGAUCCGGGCUACCGAGCAGGUCCAGCGUAAGCGAAACCCACAGGGCAAGGGCAGCACAGCGUCAGAAGCAGAGGACAGCAGGCUGACCCGACUGCAGAUUCCUCCUCACUGGACUAAUGGUCCCGCUCAUCCUCACAGUCUUCCUCCAAGCCAGCAACACAUGUUCCAUCCAGGACAGCAGUUACGUCUUCCAGGUGGUCCCCCCACUCCGCUUGGCCCACAGAUGUACACCCAAAGAAUACCAAUGGAUCCACGCUUUGGCUACCCAGUCCAUAUCCCUAGACAUGGAGAUCCCAACUUCAGUCCCUAUCCUCACAGUUUCAACAUGCAGAGUCGCAUGGCUGAUGGGCAUCAUAUGAGCCCCAGGUUUUCAAUGGGGCCUGACUCUAACAGGGGGCUUCAACAACAGCACCCGUACAUAGGUCCGACUCAUGGUCCAUCCUUGGGCCCGCGCCCCAUGGCCCUUCAACCCGGACCCCCUACUGAAGCCAGCAUGUAUCCAUCCCACCAGCGUCCAGAGGGCCACACCUUGCAUCCAAUGGCCAACAGGUUUUCAGGGCCAGAAAGACCAACUACCAGCUACCCAGGGUUGAGAUCUCCUGGUAUGGGUUCAUCAAACAUGUGGCCUGGUAUGAAUCACCAGGGCCAGGAUCAACUAAAUGACAUGCGCAUGCAGGACCCUAACGUUGCAAACCAACGCAGCUUCGGUUAUGGUGGAAUCCCCCCACCAAUGGGACAUAAGCCAUGGCCGGAGGCUGCUGGUUACCCCCAACACCCUCCCAAUGGUCUGCAUCAAAUGUCUGCUGCAGCCAGCUCCCUGGGGCCCCUGUCUUCACGGGCCCCCGUGCCUCAGCCAGACUCAACUGGCAGGACUCACUUGUCUUCCAUGCUGGAAAGCCCAGAGAUGCUGGCCCUGCAGCAGCUGUCAGCCUCUUCUGGACCCCCUGCUGGCACCCCUCAUCAGCACAUAGGCAACUUUCAACAGCCAGGGGCCCCAUCAGGAUUUGGCAGCAUCCCAGCUCACCCCUCCAGACAACCUCCCCCUUCCCUUGAAGUUCAGCUGCUGCGUCCUGCAGGAGACAAAGGGGUAGACAGCCAGCCCUGCCAACAGACAGACGUGGACCCCAAAGGUUCAGUGUCGGACAAAAAAACAAAUGCAGACAUCUCUAAUGAAGCUGCAUCACAAAGACAUGUUUCUGCACUCAAUCAGGAGCAGACUACUACUCUGAACCCCACAGGACAUUACAGAACACCAGCAGUCUCCAACAUGAACAGAUCACAGGGAAGUCCUCCUGGACCAGAGCUAGCACAGACUUCAUCGGAGAGCCACAAGCAGAAGAUCGAUGAACAGAGUGCCGCUGCUCCUCCAACUCACUUCAACGCUGCUAACAGCAGCUCCACUGAGACUGUCACACAUAUGCAGCCAGAGCAUGCACAGAACAGUCCACAGCACAAAGCACAGAACCUACAGCCCCUGCAUGUAUCUGGUUCUCUAAGUUCUACUCGGCACACACCAGAGAACCAGCAACACGCACACCAGCAAAGUGAAGAGCAGCCAAACACCUCAGAACCACAGAUAACCCUCAAUCAAAGUCACCUAGUGAGCUCUGCCCUGCCUUACAAUACGGAGCAACACAAUUCAGCUGCACCUUCUCAUCAAACCACCCACACAGUCUCCGCGCAGUGUCCUGUACAGAACAGCCCCAUGCAUGGGACCUCACAGAAUAUGACUCGGGCAGCCCAGCUCGGACCCCUGCAGCCUGCCCCUCUGACCUCUUUGCCCCCAAGUCACCCUGCCACAUUAUUACCUGCUCAGCCCAGCCCAGCAGAGCAUGAAGAUCAAAGACCCAGUGAGCCAGCCAGUAGGCCUGCCAGAGCGGGCGCUGCCACCCAGUUGAUGGUGGGUAACAUGGGUGUGCAGGCCCAAAGAGGGCCGCCAACCAGUUACAGUCCUGUGCCUCCUCACUCCCAAAGUCAGAUCAAUGGAGCUAUUGGCCAGUAUGGCAUGGGAAACGCUCUACAUCCACAAUACAACCAGACAAACAUGAACAAGUCCAUGCCACCAUCUGUUCAUCACAGCCAGCCCACAAACGCCCUGCACAACAGUGGUCCCCACCCUGCAUACCAGCAGCAUGGAGGGAACACCUACUCCUACCAAAUACCUGUACAACAGCACCCACAACCUCUCAGAAAUAUGUUCCCACCCCAUCAGUACCAGCAGCAGGCCUACUACACUCAGCCUCAUAGACAAACACUCAGCAGGGGUGGGUACCCUCCCAAGGACUGGCAGCAGUCUCCUUAUCGGCCUCAGCAGCCAAUCCCAUCUAAUGCCUAUCUUCCUGUGGGCAGCGCAAGGUCUAAUGGUCAUCUUAAAGAGAGCAGUGUGUCACCGCUGGGCUCUGAUGCCUCCAGUGGUGCUGGCUUACUAUCUCCUGGUCCUGUAGGACCACUCUCUGCAGGAUCAGAGGAUGGUAGCACUGAGAGCAGGGAGCAGGUAGGUCCAGGUAGCAGUGGUCAAACAAAGCAGGCUCAGAAUGACAACUCGGAGCCACCAGAAAGCCCGAAGGAAAUCCUCGACCUUGACAGUCACAAUGCAGCUGCCCGCCAUCGAGGCGUCCCGCCGCUUCAGCUGCAUCCUCCUGCACACAUAACGUCUGGAUUGAUGUAUGAUCCUCGAGCCUUGCAUCCAGGGAUGCAACAAGGUGGUGUCCCACCACCACAUAUGAUGUCUCAAGGUCAUAGAGUUGGAAAUGGAACACCUUAUCCUGGCCAGCCAUACCCAGAUUCACGCUAUGCUGCCCAGAGACCUCACCCACAUCUGAUGGAAGCUCUGCAGCGGCCACAGCAGCUGCCCUACUCCCCCGGUCAGACACGCAUGGCCAUGUACAGAUACCCCAGAGCUGGAGGGCACUUUCAGGGCAUGAUGGUUCAGCAGAGAGGCCUGGGACCAGAGCGAUUCUUACAUCCUGGACAACAGAUGAUGGCUGCUCCUGGAGGUCCUGGAAGUAAACAAGGACCAUAAAAUAUCUGAAGACCAAAAUCUGGGUUCAACAAAGAUCUGGACAAGGCAGACGGUCAGUCCAGUACUGUCCUGGUGGCUGCAGCUGUUUCCUUCUCCAUCUCUUGUUGAUAAUCCGUAACAGAAUAAACAUUUCCCACUUCUGGAUGUGAAGAUCCAACCAGACAGUUAGUACAACAAACGUACUAAAAAUGUGAAAAAGUUUUGAGCCAUGGAGAUCAGUUUUCUUCUCACUAAGACUGCGUCAUCAGAGCUCAUGUUGGCUGAGAAGAAAAAACAUGAGGGGUUCCCUGGCUGGAUGAAGGACACGGCAGUUUGUUUCUUCCCAACAUUGAAGCGAUAAACGUUUGUCCUCCUGUAAAAAGGGAACCAUUUAAACCAUUAGGUCAGCCUGUCUGGAACGCUGGACAACCCUGUUUCACAUGGUCAGCCAAAGCAUGGACGGACUUAACGGAGCGACUGACUGGAUGUUGACAAGAAGAAGGACUGUGAUUACCUUCAGUUUCAACCCCAUCUUUAAAACUCAGGUGUAGAAGAGGAGGUCCUAUGAGGAGCGGCUGACCCCCAGCAGAUGCCUACGUCUCCUUUGUGAAUGUAUGAGUGAAUAUUUAGAGAAUAAAUGCAGCACCGUAGCACAUGUAAGGACAUACAACACGGAUUACUGGAGCAUCCAUCUCCACCCAUAACUCUAAAGACAUUUCUCAGCCUGAGUAAAAUAAGAAAAAUAUGCACCUUUCAACACUGCCUUGAUUUUUAAGAAUGUCUUCAGAAAGGGGCUGGAAACGACGGUGCUGUUUGUUUCCCUGAUGUCAAUCCAGACAUCCCAAAACUCUGUGGCCUUCUUUAGUCAUUUUCUGUCAGCUCAGAAAUGUAUAAAAUAGUCAAAUAUAUAUUCUUCAGUCCUUCCUCCCUCCCUGCUAGUACAUUGCACAUGCAUCGAACAACCUAAACCUGUCUUUUAUUUUUAGUGUUCAUACUUUCCUCAUUCUGCCUCCUUCAUGGCCCUGCUGAGUUUAAGGUUGUUUCUCUGCCUGCUUCCUCCUCCUGCUGUUAAUAGUAAAGUUCCCCUCAGGGUGUACAGAUUCAGAAUACGGGUAUUUUUGUGAAUCAUUUGAGGAAGGAGCAGAGAGACAGAGAGAAACUGUCCUGAAUAUACCGGUGAGCAAACAACCUGCCUACUUUGUGCUUGUCUGUUUUUCUUAAAUGUGUUUUAGUUUCAUGUAAUUCUUAUUCCACCUUCCUUUACAUCUGAUUGGAAGUCAUUUUGCAUUAAAAAGUGAUGUUAGUUUCUUGCUCUCGAGUCACUGCAUUUUUCCAUGACAUGGUUGUGACCUUUUAAAAGCUCUCUUAGUUAUGGCCUGAAUCUACCUCAUCUAGCUGCUAAGUGGCAUCCAAUAAUAGUCGGUCCACUUUCACUAUUCCCCUCUCAGACUCCAGGUUGACUGUUUAUUACCAGACUUUAUCUCAUCCCCUGCAGAAGUUACGAUAAAAUUGGCCUGGAAAUAUUAUGCAUGAUGGGAAAGUAGGAACAUGUGAGCUGGUUUCAGUCUGUUUAAGUAUUCCAGUUGGGAGUCUGUAUUAAGCCACACAGUUAACAGCCCUCAAGUCUGGGUAUUUUUGAUGCAAUGUCUAGAAACACUGGAGAGAGUUUUCUAAAUGAGAGUUCUCCUCAAUGAGUCGCUGUUUAAUUAAAGCAGUGAGCUGUAAAAAAAUGUAGAGGCCUUAAGGUCAUGCAGGAGGUAGUGUUCAUCCACGCUGUGUAAUGUUUGGAGGACAGGUUGUGAUGUCUUGUUGUGUUCAGUUGUGUGUAUGUGUGCGCCUGUACUGGUGCACAGACUGGCCACCAGUUAACUGGAAGCCUGCAACCAAUUCUCCCUUUUACUCGUCUGUCAUCUCUCUGCACUGGCGACAAAACCAUUUAGGCGUGAUUAAAUGUGAAUCAUAUUUAUUUGCUCUUUAAAGAAUUUUUGUACAUUUUCGGACUUGUUUUAAUAUAAAUUUUUCCCUUGGUGUUUUUAAACUGUCGUCCUUUACCUCAGUAGCGUGGUGACAUUGGGAAGAGGAAAAAAGUCUUGUACCUUUGAUUUAAAGAAGCGUUUAAAUGUUCUUAUCUGACUGACAUGGAUUAUUUUGGGAAUGAAAUGAAUUAUUUUCUAUACUGUCUUAGAAAUAAAUAACGUUUCUCUACAAA